AACCCUUUCUUAUUCUCAGGACUCGUCUUAUUCUUUCGUUGUUGCUAAUGUCGAUGUGGGCGAGCGCAGAAGGAGGAGCUCAGGAGGUGACCCUGGAGACCUCCAUGGGCGCUUUCACCGUUGAGCUUUACUACAAGCACGCGCCCAGGACUUGCAGGAACUUCGUCGAGCUCUCUCGCCGUGGCUACUACAACAAUGUCAAGUUCCACAGGAUCAUCAAGGAUUUCAUAGUGCAAGGUGGUGAUCCUACUGGGACUGGAAGGGGUGGUGAAUCCAUUUAUGGAGCGAAAUUUGAGGAUGAGAUCAGACCGGAGCUGAAGCAUACGGGGGCUGGAAUCUUGUCCAUGGCGAAUGCUGGUCCGAAUACCAAUGGAAGCCAGUUCUUUAUCACACUUGCUCCCUGUGCUUCGCUAGAUGGAAAGCACACAAUAUUUGGAAGAGUGUGCAGUGGAAUGGAAAUCAUCAAAAGACUCGGUAGUGUCCAAACUGAUAAUAGUGAUAGGCCAGUGCAUGAUGUGAAGAUACUGCGGACAUCUAUCAAGGAUUGAAAAUAGCAAAGCUGCUGGAGAUUACAAUCUCUCACCUAUGAGUUGAUGUCAUGGCAACAACUUGAUUGAUUGUAUCAUAAACUGACGAAUGAAGAUGAAUGAAUAUCUUCAUUUCAGUUGCUUACAAGAACACUAAUGGUGAAAAUGGAAAAGGUGUUAUUGGUGUGUACCUCCCUCCUUUCGACACAUUUUGCUGAUCUGUAUUAAACUGUUUUAACAUCGAAAUUUAGAUAAUUCAGUAUAUUAUGAGUAUUUGGAAAUUUAA